UGUAGGACAGGGCGCAACAGCAGCAACUGAUCCACGAAGUCAUCAAUGAGGCCCCUCAUCGUGCUUGGUCUGGUCCUGGUGCUCGCCGGGGUCGCGCUGGAGGGCGCGGACGGUGCUGGCGAGUGCGGGAGGGCCUCCGCUGAUAGGGUGGCGCUGCGGCUGGCGCCAUGCAUCUCGGCGGCCGACGACCCGCAGUCGACACCGACGAGCAGCUGCUGCUCGGCCGUGCACACAAUCGGGCAGAGCCCCAGCUGCCUCUGCGCCGUCAUGCUGUCCGGAACUGCCAGGGCUGCCGGGAUCAAGCCGGAGGUCGCCAUUACAAUCCCCAAGCGCUGCAACAUGGCCGAUCGUCCCGUCGGCUACAAGUGCGGAGACUACACGCUGCCCUGACGACCUCGUGAGUAAGGCUGUGCACGAUCAACAAGAUGGAUGCUAUGAACAGCUUUGUGUUGGAAUAAACGAGUCCCGCGUGUACCAUUUACGCAGUGCUAUGGCCAUAUCAAUGGACUAUGCUUGUGGUGUAUGUGAAAAAUAUGUUUCGUUUUGUCUUAAGAUAAGAAUAAACGUGUGCUUGUUCUAAUGUA